CGUCAAGUGGCACAAACGUAUGUCACCAGCUUUCUUCGUGCACAGUAUCCGCAUCUACCGGAGGAGUGGGUCUGCUGCAUAGCCGACCGUCUUCUCUCCGACUCGGAACUCGCCUGCAUUGGUGGUCACCUGGGCAUCACCGAUCUUGUCUUGUACUCUUGCCUACCGAAGGAACCGGGCUCACCUCUCCUUCCCGAAAAUACUCACCCACCCUCGUUAACUUCAAUCGCAAACUGUUUCUUGGCUGUGAUCGGCGCCCACGCUGAAGAUCCGAAGACCGCCCAUCUCCUUGUUCGGGAUUUUAUCUUGAUCCGACUAAUUGAGCUGGAUUUCUGUGCAGAUUUCGACUUCCCAAUGCAGAAUGAUCCCUUUCCACUAUUAAAGCAAGUCCUUCUUUCCAUGAACCGUGGUCCGCCCGAACCUAGGCUACAGUGGCAGAGCAGUAUGAAUACCCUCCUGGCAUGCUACCAAAUUGGCAUUUAUAGCGACCAACAAUUAAUCGGAGAAGGUAAACGCGAAUCAAACAGCAAGCAGGUCGCAGGACUUUGCAAUCGCAACUUCCCGCAUCAUUCUUACAACUUGAAUGAAACUUUGCUGUCAGAUAAUUUCCGGUCUCACGUUUUAGCACCCGGCGAGACGCUUGAGAUAGCCGAAAUGGAAGCCGGUCGGCAGUCGCUACGCAACUUAUUCGGCAUACACGACAGCCGCCCCUCAUUGCCCCUAACUGGUCCCUACAGGCCGCCCGACACUUCCAGACGCAACAAGUCGCUUGCGGAUUAUGGCUGUAGUUAA